GGGGCCGCGGGCGGGCGGCGGCAGCGGGGACCCCGCGCCCGAGGCGCCCCUCAAGCCUGUUCCUUCCCGCCGGUGUUCAGCGCCAUCGCUCUUAUUCAGCAAAGGUCUGAGCAAGCCAUGGCUGCCUUCAGCCAGUUCACAGGAGGUGAAGGAGCUCUGGCUGGAUUCACUUCUUGGGCAAACAAAAGGACUGAAGGAAACCAGACUGUCCAGAGCUCCUCCAAUCAAACUCCUAAUGAAAGUGUUAAGCAGCUGUAAUACUUCAAAGACACUCAAUGCUGGGAACAUGGAGAGUCUGAUUGAGUGCCAGACAGAGGCUGAUGCCAAGAAAUGUCCUCUGUCAGUCCCAGCAGAUACUGAAGACAGACUCUGCCUCUCCAACGCAGAUGGAACAAAGAAAAGAAAGAAGGUGAUAUCACAGUCAUUUACUCUGAGACAAAGCCUUACCAAAAGAAAUUCCUCAGGACAGCUAGACUUGGGUGGCAAAAUCCCUCUGUUUGGCCAUCCUCUGGCACAUAUCUGUGGGGAAGAUGACACACUGCCCCAGCCAGUCCAGGAUCUCCUAGCCAUAUUAUAUAUGAAAGGACCUUCUACUGAAGGGAUAUUCAGAAAAACUGCCAAUGAGAAAGCACGAAAGGAGUUGAAGGAGGACCUAAACAAAGGCGGGAAUGUUGAUCUGAAAAGCAAAUCUGUGCACCUGCUGGCAGUGGUUUUGAAGGACUUUCUCCGAAAUAUUCCCUCCAAACUCCUAUCAGCUGACCUCUAUGAGAAAUGGAUGCAAGCUCUAGAGAAGCCAAGCAAGCAAGAAAAAAUUGAGGAAUUGAAAGAGGUGGCUGACAAGCUGCCGAGACCAAACCUCGUCUUGCUCAAGCUCUUGCUCUCUCUGCUCCACCACAUCAGCCAAAAUGCUGAGAGCAACAGGAUGGACUCCAGCAACCUGGCCAUCUGCAUUGGCCCAAAUCUGCUGAGCCCAGGCACGGACAGCACGCUCCCGCUGGAAGUGCAGAAGGAGAUGAACGACAAGGUGACAGUGCUGGUGGAGUUCCUCAUAAACAACUGCAUGGAAAUAUUUGAGGGGGACAUUGCCUUCCCUGCCUGUGCCUUGGCUGAGGAGUCACCAGAGCACACAGACAGCUCCACAGAACAACUCUGUGCAGCUCAUCAGAAUGACUCUGCCUAUGACAGCCCAGAUCCUGAAGCAGAAGGCAGCCCCUGUACCCCUGAAAUGGAGCAGGCCAAAGGGAGGAGUGCUGCUGUGAGCAGAAGAUAUCCAACAAAUAUCUCUGCCCCUUCCCUGACUAAUUUCAGAAAUGACAUCAGCACAAUGGACAGGAGGUACUCAGAGUCAGACCUGUCCUUCCAGAACUGCCUUGAUGACACAAUAAGGAAACAAAGGCUAAACAAAAGUGAGGACAAUUUUCCAGUUCAGCAGAAACUGCUAUGGAUGGAGGCACUGGAGGAACGUCUUGCAGGCUUACCUUCACAAUUAUCAACUGAGUCUCUACCCAAAACAUCCUCCAGUUGCUCCCUGGAGAGCUCUGAUGGCUCAGUUUUCACCAGCUCCCCCAUAGUUUCGCCCUCUAGUCCCAAAAAAACCUUUUUAAAUAGGCCUCAGUCCUUUUCCACCAAGGCCACUGAAGACGGCAGUACACCUAGCAGAGAGAUCAAAAAGCAUUCCAUGUCAUUCUCUUUUGCAAACCGCAGGAAAACACUAAUAAAAACCCAGAGUUGGGGGCCUGGAAAACCCAUGUUUUUUCAGAGGGACAGUUUCACAAAGAAAGAAGAUCAGUUCUGCUGUAGAAUUGUCCAGGAGGGCAGCUGUAAUGAUGACAAGCAAUCGCCUGUGGAAUAUCAGCAAAGGCCCCGUCUCAGGUCGGUUGAUGAAGUGUUCAGAGAGGUAGACCAGAAAAACCCUAGAAGACCACCCUCUUAUGAAGAGGCUGUUAAAAACUGCCUGGCUGCUAAAGUUCCCUCCCAAAAUCUCACGGUUCAGACUCUGAGAUUAGCAGCGUCAAACCAGGACAUUUUGCUGCCUUAUCCAUGCAGCCACAGUGCACAGGACACAGCACAUAUGGAUCUGAGGGAUCUACGCAGUGCCAGAAUUUCUGCAACAAAGGAUUCUGACCUGGAAACUGAAACCUUCAGCAUCACUGUAGGAGUAAACUCCCGUGUAAAUUUACCUGUGACCCCAGGAGUCUACCGGAUGAGAGCCAUGUCUGAGUCCUGUCAAAAGAACAAACUCGAAUAUGUGGCUCGGAGGUGCAGCCAGCCAGUUUUUGAGGUAGAGCAGAUCCAGUAUGCUAAGGAGUCCUAUGUAUAAAAAGCCUGUCCUUCCUCUUUGCACUGUACAAAUAUUGUAAAAAUAGACAUCUUGCUAAUCAUUUGUAGGAUUUUACUUUCAAGAGACAAAGAAUAAGCUAGCUCUGCAUAAACUUUUUUUUCUGAAGUGUCAGUCAGCUUGACAUGUUACAUCCUUUCACCACAAGAGUUGUUGCUGGUGAAGACCUGUGUAUCAUUAUGUAAAAAUAUAAGUUAGUAUGCUGUACAUAACCUGUUGUGUGGGAAGAGUAGUUAGCAGAUGAUAAACAGUGUUGUGUUUGUUUUCCUCAAAUGACAAUUACAAGGUUGGCAGGUCCAGAACCUGUCUCACCUUCUUCUUGUUUUCUGUAUGGUCACAGACCCUGUACCAUUUUCCAUGUGUAUGUUGCCAGGCUGAUGCAGUGCUCUGCUGAUUUUUUGCAUUAAAUGUGGGUUGGCAGUUACCUUAAUGGGGGAAGAGCUAUUCUGUCAUCUAGGUCACUUCAGCACUCUUCCAUAAAC